CCAAAACGCUAACGCUAAUUGAAAAUGCUUUUCCCAAACAAGGCCAUAAACACUCAAUUAUUGGGUCCCCAAUUAUUUUCCUAAUUUUUAAGUCUCUCUAUAAGUCAAACAUCUAGUUGUUUGAUGCAUGGAUAGAGAGAUGCUCCAACUUCAACAGUGCUCUCAUUAAAAAGAGCAGCUGGAGUCUGCAAACUGCAAAGCACCCAGUUUUUUUUUAUUUUUGCAGAUUUUCAACAUCCCAUUAAAGCAAAGUAUUCUGAAGCAGUGCACCAAACAAUAUAGGAGCAUUACUACUACUACUAGGACGAUAUGUGCGCCCCACAAAAAGUGUUCUUUGUUUUCUUGAAUCCAAGUCACUAAAUCUCCGCACCGGAGAGAAUCUUACCAUAAUAUAGCAAGAAAACAUGGGUCUUAGACUAGUAUUUGUGGGGAUUGUGUUUCUGGUGUCUUGGGUUUAUUGUGGGAAUGCUUCAGUCUCAUAUGAUAGGAAUGCUAUCAUUGUUAAUGGGCAGAGAAAGAUUCUCAUUUCUGGAUCCAUUCACUACCCAAGAAGCACUCCUGAGAUGUGGCCAGAUCUUAUUCAGAAAGCAAAAGAAGGAGGCUUGGAUGUGAUUCAGACCUAUGUUUUCUGGAAUGGGCAUGAACCUCAACCUGGCAAAUAUUAUUUUGAGGAAAGAUAUGAUCUUGUGAAAUUCGUUAAGUUGGUUCAAGAAGCUGGGCUUUAUGUUCAUCUCAGAGUUGGACCUUAUGCUUGUGGUGAAUGGAACUUUGGUGGCUUUCCGGUUUGGCUGAAGUAUGUUCCAGGGAUAAGUUUUAGAACAGACAAUGAACCUUUCAAGGUUGCAAUGAAGAAAUUCACAACCAUGGUUGUUAAUAUGAUGAAAGCAGAAAGGCUGUAUGAAUCUCAGGGUGGUCCUAUAAUCUUAUCCCAGAUUGAGAAUGAAUAUGGACCCAUGGAGUAUGAACUCGGUGCACCGGGUCGUGCUUAUGCACAAUGGGCAGCAAAAAUGGCUCUAAAUCUUGGAACGGGUGUCCCGUGGAUCAUGUGCAAGCAAGAUGAUGCCCCGGAUCCAAUUAUUAAUACUUGCAACGGUUUCUACUGUGACUACUUUACCCCUAAUAAGGCAUACAAACCAAAGAUUUGGACUGAAGCCUGGACAGCCUGGUUUACAGAGUAUGGCAGUCCAGUACCUCAUCGUCCAGUUGAGGAUUUGGCAUAUUCUGUUGCAAAGUUUAUAAUGAAAGGGGGAUCAUUCAUUAACUAUUACAUGUAUCAUGGAGGCACAAACUUUGGCAGGACAUCGGGUGGUCCUUUUAUUACCACUAGCUAUGACUAUGAUGCUCCUCUCGAUGAAUUUGGAUUGCUGAGGGAACCUAAAUGGGGCCAUCUGAAAGAUCUGCAUAGAGCAAUAAAACUGUGUGAACCGGCUUUAGUAUCUGGGGAUCCGAUUAUAAAAUCUCUUGGAAAUUUUCAAGAGGCACGCAUCUUCAAAUCAAAGUCAGGAACUUGUGCUGCAUUCCUUGCAAACCACGGCGAGCAUUCAUUUGCUAAAGUGUCUUUUGGAAACAUGCACUACAAUUUACCCCCUUGGUCAGUCAGCAUUCUUCCUGACUGCAAGAACACCGUAUAUAAUACUGCUAGGGUUGGUGCUCAAAGCACACAAAUGAAGAUGACCUCAGCUGGUGGCCAAGGUUUAUCUUGGCAUUCAUACAAUGAAGAGACAACAUCGUACGAUGACAAUGCAUUUACAGCUGUUGGGUUGUUGGAGCAGAUCAACACCACUAGAGAUGCUUCUGACUACUUGUGGUACAUGACAGAUGUCACAAUUGACUCAAGAGAGGGAUUCUUGAGAGAUGGAAAGUGGCCUUGGCUUACUGUCUUCUCAGCGGGACACGCUUUGCAUGUUUACAUCAACGGUCAAUUAGUAGGAAGUGCCUAUGGAAGUUUAAAGAAUCCAAAAGUAACUUUCAGCCAAGCAGUGCAUAUGAGAGCUGGAGUUAAUAAAAUUUCAUUGUUAAGCAUUGCCGUUGGUCUUCCGGUUUGUUCUCAUGGCAACGAACUUUUAGGUGUUAGCUGUGUGGGUAUAGUAGUUGUUUCAAAAAACUUGAAAAACUAUGUUUUUGUAAACCAAUCUUCAAAAGUAACUGCUCCAAAAAUCUUGAAAAAACAAUUUUUUUCUUUUGUAAACAAUUUUCUUGGGAGCAAAAAGCUCUUCAUGUGGCUCUUUUCCAAACACUACUAAUAGGAGUUCUUAGCCCUAACCUCCGUUUGGAUAAUAAGAAAAGGGAAGGAAAGAAAAUACAAUGUGAGAAAACACACAUUACGAAGCAUUUUAUAUUGUUUGUUUUUUGUGAGAGAAUGAGGGAGGGGAGAAAACUACACAAAAAGUUUUCUCUCUAACAUUGGUGAGAAAAUGGCAUCAUCCUCCUCCCACCACAAGAUUUUAUUUUUCCAUCUUUUUCAUCUCUUUUC